CGACUUCAAGACGGCCGACAUGGAUGCGAACACGGAUCAGGAUAUCGAGAAGAACUUGGACAAAAUGAUGUCCGAGAGGGCGUUGUUGAAGGAGCGCUACCAGGAGGUGUUGGACAAGCAGAGGCAAGUGGAGAACCAGCUGCAGGUACAGCUUAAGCAGCUCCAGCAGCGGAGGGAGGAAGAGAUGAAGAACCACCAGGAGAUCCUGAAAGCGAUUCAGGAUGUUACGAUCAAGCGAGAAGAGACAAAGAAGAAGAUGGAGAAAGAGAAGAAAGAAUUCUUGCAGAAAGAGCAGGAUCUGAAGGCAGAAAUCGAGAAACUCUGUGAGAAAGGCAGAAGGUUGCUGAAAGAGCAGGAGGAGAAGGAAAACAAGAUAGCUUCUCUGAUUGCAGAGCAGUCCGAUGAAAAGCAGCUAUGGGAGAUGGAGCUAGAUAAGCUGAAGAACCAGCACAAUGAAAUCAACAGGAACAUUCUCGAGGAGACAGAACGGGCCUGGAAAGCGGAGAUCCUGUCCCUGGAGAGCCGAAAGGAGCUGCUGGUGUUGAAACUAGAAGAAGCAGAAAAAGAAGCAGAGCUACACCUCACCUACCUCAAGUCUGCGCCGCCCACGCUGGAGACGAUGAGGCCAAAGCGGGAGUGGGAGAUGAGGCUGAACAGGAUACGAAUGACCAAGGAAAGCGUCCGAGAUCAGUUCAACGACCACAUUCAGAUGGUGAGAAACGGGACAAAGCUGAGCAGCCUCCCACAGAUCCCAACCCCGACGCUGCCGCCUCCACCCUCAGAAAUAGAUCUCAUGCUGACGGCAUUCCAGCCCAACCCCUCCCUUACGCCCAGGCUCCCCUUUCCCAUCGGACCAGUUCCCGUUCCCAUGGUCAUGCCGAGUGCUGAUCCCCGGGCACUCUCCUUUCCUCUCCUGAACCCUGCGAUCUCCAGGCCCAACCAGCCUUCCCCGCCGCUGCCCGCUUCCCAGGGAAGAAACAGCCCUGUAGUGGCAUCGCUUAUUGGCACGCACAGCCCUCACAUGACUCCCGCUGCCUCCAUCCCUCCUCCGCCAGGCCUGGGAGGAGUUAACGUCACUCCAGAGUUUCACAGGCUGCAGCCGGCCGAUAAGCUGGAAAAGCUGCUGGAGAAGUUGUUGACUCGGUUUCCACAGUGCAACAAGGCCCAGCUCACCAACAUACUGCAGCAGAUCAAGACCGCUCGGAGGACCAUGGCGGGUCUGACCAUGGAGGAGCUGAACCAGCUGGUGGCGGCCAAGCUGGCGGAGCAGCAGGAGCGGGCAGCGGCCGGGGCUCAGCCUCUCGGUCGAAUCAGGGCCCCCAUGUUCUCUGCUCCGCUGCCUCAGAUCAGCACGCCCAUGUUCCUGCCCCCAGCCCAGGUGGCUUACCCUGGAACAGCGUCACACACCCCGGCUGCCUGUAAGCUGUGUCUAAUGUGCCAGAAGCUUGUGCAGCCUGGUGACCUUCACCCCAUGGCCUGCUCGCACGUGCUGCACAAGGAGGACGGUCUGGGAGGAUCUAGAAUACAGGGCGAUGGAGAGAGCUGCCACCGUCGCCCAGGUGUCUGGGCACUGUGGGUCCGUGCGCAGGAGCUCUUGGGAAGAGGAGGAGACUUUCUCAUCCCGCAGUGCUGGCAGUGGUUCACCUGUGUAGGCAAAGCCCUCAUCCCAGUGGCUCUGGGGCCUCCAGCAACUGCCGAGGAAAUGGAAAACCAUGUAUUGAGGAGGGGCUGAUGAUCCUGCUAGGUUGAAGAGGGCUCCCUCCGCCUGGCGACCUUUUGAUGGAGGCUGUCUCUAAGGAGCAAAAGAGACCAUCCCUUAAAAUGAGCGCCCUUGCCAGCACCGAUCUGGAAAAGUAAUGCCACGCUGUUCACAGCGCCUUUGAGUUGUGCCAGUGGCUCUUGACUAAUUCUCUCUC